ACACGCACAUGGGGCUCAAACUCAGCACAGUGGAAAUUAAUAAAAGUCCUCAAUGAUCACAUUCGCAUUUACAAACGGAUAUUUACAAACGUUCUGUCAUACUUUCGCUGCCUGUGUUGGCUAGUUAACGAGUCCGUUUUGUUGUACAUUUUCCGCUGUCUUUAUAGCGUUUAUUUAUUCAUCUUUCUAUGCACGGGAUUGUCACUUGAUCUCCGGGAUAAACUGCCUUUUGCACAGCCAGAACCGGACUUUGGGAAACAUUCGUAUAUGUCUAUUUCUUUCAUACAAUUACCGGAUUCUUGUUUUUUUUUAAAUCUAAACCUCCUGUGGCACAAGGAUGCGUUGAAAUAUAUUAGAUUUUAAUGCAAAGUGGAAUUUGCGCGACUCCGGGUUCCCGGUCGUGUGUUGAUUGUGAGGAAGAUCUCAUAUAGUUUGUGUGAUUUUGCUAAAAUGCAUCACCAACAGCGAAUGGCUGCCAUAGGGACAGACAAAGAACUGAGCGACUUAUUGGAUUUCAGUGCGAUGCGAAACAGCGAUUUGAAAAUGUUCCCAACAUCAAUGAUGUUCUCUCCUCCUGUUAGUGGUAAAAACGGACCAGCCUCCCUGGGAAGUGGACAUUUUGCAGGCUCAAAUAUGGAGGACAGAGCCAGUGCAGGAUCUUGGGGAAGUAGAAGUGCCCCUUCAAAGAGUUAUGCUGACGGCUCCCAGUACGCUCACAUGACUAGCCGGGACAUGGGCUCACACCCGCACGACAACAUCUCUCCUCCGUACGUCAACUCCAGACUAACAGGUAAAACGGAGAGAGGAUCCUACUCCUAUGGAAGAGACUCCAACUUACACGGGUGUCAUCAGCCGAGCCUCCUGGGAGGAGAAAUGGGCAGCCCUGGGGCGGUGUCGCCCACUAAGCCUGGAUCGCAGUAUUACCAGCACUAUAACAACAACCCUCGCCGGAGACCACUGCACAGCGACAACAUGGAGGUUCAGACAAAGAAAGUUCGGAAAGUUCCUCCCGGUUUGCCUUCCUCAAACCAAAUGCCACAAGAAGAGAAAUGUCGCUCCACUCUGCAACACUACGCUGUGAUGAAUACCUCAUGUUGCCAGAGAGAAGCACAUAACACAGUAUAUGCCCCGUCUGCCAGCACGGCUGACUACAACAGGGACUCACCAGUGUACCCCUCCUCCAAACCCCCCAGUGGAGGGUUCCCCAGUUCCUUCUUUAUGUCAGACGGUGCUGACCCGUGGAGCUCCUCCAGUGGAAUGAACCAACCUGGUUACAGUGGCAUGCUGGGUAACUCCUCCCACGGACCCCAGAGCAGCAGCUACUGUGGCACCCACCCUCACGACCGGCUGAGCUACCCGUCACACUCCUCGGCAGACAUCAACCCCAGUCUUCCUCCCAUGUCCAGUUUCCAUCGUAGCAGUGCCUCCAAUCAGUACAGUACAGCUUCCUGCACUGCCACCACCAACGGCACAGACAGCGUGAUGGGUAAGACCUGGGGACAAGGACACAGGGCUGCAGAAGACAGGACAGAAGACAGGGCUGAUUACAGGACAGAAGACAGGACAGAUCACAGGGCUGAAUACAGUGCUAACCGGGCGCAGAGCGGGGCACCGACCAGCUCUCAGACAGGAGAUGCCCUGGGGAAGGCUCUUGCUUCGAUCUACUCUCCAGACCACACAAACAACAGUUUCUCGUCCAACCCGUCGACCCCCGUCGGCUCUCCCCCCUCACUCACAGCUGCUAGUUCUGCUAUGUGGUCCAGGAACGGAGGACAAGGUCCUUCCUCCCCCAACUAUGAGGCUCCUCUACACUCUCUGCAGAGUCGUAUCGAGGACCGCCUAGAGCGCCUGGACGAUGCCAUCCACGUCCUGCGGAGUCACGCAGUCGGCCCCUCCACGGGCAUGCCCGGCGGGCACCAAGACAUGCACAGUCUCAUCGGAGCAGUGCACAAUGGGGCCAUGGGGGGACUGGGCACUGGGUACGGCACGGGACUACUCUCUGCCAACCGCCACUCAAUCAUGGUGGGCUCUCACAGGGAAGAUGGUAGCGUGGCCAUGCGUGGCAGCCAUCCCAUCAGACCCAACCAAGUGCCAGUCCCCCAGCUGCCCCAGCAGUCUGCCACAUCACCAGAUCUCAACCAGACUGAUACAUACCGGGCUCUCUCCAGUGGUCUCCAGGGCCAGAGUGCCUCGUCCGUCUCGUCAGAGAUCAAGUCGGAGGAUGAGGGGGAUGAGAACCUACAGGACGCCAGGUCUAUGGAGACCAAGAAGGAGGAGCCUGACAACAAGGACCUCAAGUCUAUUGAUAGCAACGCGGACGACGAGGACUUGUCUCCGGAGCAGAAGAUCGAACGUGAGAAGGAACGCAGGAUGGCCAACAACGCCCGGGAACGUCUGCGUGUCCGAGACAUCAACGAGGCUUUCAAGGAGCUGGGGCGCAUGGUGCAGCUGCACCUGAAGAGUGACAAGCCACAGACCAAACUGCUCAUACUGCAUCAGGCCGUGGCCGUCAUACUGAGUCUGGAGCAGCAAGUCAGAGAGAGGAACCUGAACCCUAAGGCAGCGUGUCUGAAGAGACGUGAAGAGGAGAAAGGCUCGUCAGACGGCGGAGCGACCCUCUCCCUGGCCGGGCCGCACCACGUCAUGGGGGAUGCCUCCAACCCAAUGGGACAAAUGUAAAAACCCCCUAAAUGGUCCAAGCUCCCAGAGUUCAUCAAGAUGAUGAGCGACCACUUCCUUUGACAACAUUCUCCUAUUUCCUGAACCAAUCAAAUCAACUGAUCACGUCAAUCAACGAUCUAUCUGACCAACCUGAUCUGACCAAUGUUUUUUUUUUCCCAGGACCACCUGUCUUUUGUCUUCUGUAGAAAUGAACGAACUGCAAAUGUAUAUUGGCUAUGAAAACAUAACAGAUACUACAAGAUAUGUUUUCUUAUUAUAUUGUUUCGUAUUUUCAGCAUUCCCCCCCUCAAAAAAAAAACAAAAAAAAAAAUGAUAUUAUAUAUGUUAAAGAAAAAUAUUUAAAAAUCACACAAAAAAAAUAAAAGUUGAUGCAACUACGUGAUGAUGGGGGGGCUAUUUCUAACACAUGAACAAUGUUGCAAGACUCAGCUGCUGUCUCAACUGAAUGGCAAUCUUCUCCACACUGUGGAGACUCUUGCAGUCGUGCCUGAACUCCUCCUUGAUGUUUAAAGUUAAAUAGAUAUAUAUGAAAAAUCAAUCAGUAAGUCUGGGGGCGUGGGGGGGGGUAUAAAAAAAAGUUGAGAUUAUGUAGAAUUUCAAGACAUUUUUUAAAACAUGCAAUAAUUAUAAAAAUAAAAAAAAUGUGUACUUCUAAUCGUAAAACAGAACAGAUACAUUUCAAGAUAACACUUUGUGUUUUGGGCUCUAAGUUGGCUGUAUACUAGAAAGCAGUGUUGGGGAGUUACUGUGGAAAGUAACUCGUUGGGUUACCGCGUUACUGGCAUUAAAAAGUAACACGUUACAUUACGCCGUUACUUACUGUGGAAAGUAACGCGUUAGGUUGCGGCGUUACUUGCUGUGGAAAGUAACUCGUUUAGUCGUUACAUUACUUUUGCGUUACCAAACCCCAGAAAACUCUGAAAAUGUAUUGCGCGUGUUGGUCGUUGUUAUGCCCAGUAGAGAGUGGCUUGCCUAUUUACAAAUCGGUGCUACAAUGAUUUCAUCCGACGUCAUGGGAGCGCUCCAGACCGAGAUCUCUGUCAGAUUACCAUGAUAGCUGUUUCACUUGUUUUACUAAAUUGAACCGUGUAUUUUGCAAUAAACAAUGUGUUAUUUUUUAAAUCGCAUUAUUAUUUGGUUGUUGUAACUGUUCCACACACAAAAAAAUGCGUGAAGAAGGAACAACGUAUACACAUUAUGAUAAUAAGGAAAGAUAAAAUAAGAUAUGAAAGCCUACUUAUUAAUAGCCUUUACUUUCUGGCUAUAAUAUGUCUAUUUCGUUUCUUUAAAGCUGCCGAAAUGUUGGUUUUGAUUUAUGGACAAUGUCCAAGUGUUCUAACGAAAUUCCAUAUUAAAACUAUCGAAAUGUUUGAUAAAUACAACAAAAAAGUGUCGCAUCACAAUUCAAUUCUAUCUUGAUAAAUCCAAGGCACAAUAAAUCAAAACCAAACAUUUAGGCAGCUUUAUGAAACGAAAUAGACAUAUUAAAGCAAGAUAAUAAUAAAGACUAUUAAGUUACAACAAGCCCGACUUGAAAUGUUGACGUGAACAUUUUAAUAACAGUAAAUUUCAAACCGCGAAUGCAACUGUCAGAGAAAUCCGUAAACAUAAUCCGUAAACAUACUGCAUUGAAAUAAAUGGCAUGCAAUCAAAUCAAUGAAUUAAUUUACAAUCAUCAAAGACACAUACAUGUUCAUUUAGUUUUCUCGGGGUGACAGGUUUAAACAAAACAUAAAUCUAGAUUAGAUUAGAAGCAGAAGCCAAUCUUCCUCAGCAUCAACAGCAAUCGGAUGUCUUGGGUCCUUUUCCACCGGUCUUGUGGAGCUGCGCUUGGCCUGAAUGUGCUUCUUGAUAUUUGAAGUUGACAGGCGCUUAGCCCCGAGGCACAGUUUGCGUUUUAUUAUUAUUAUGUUGUUUUCCUUUUCUUUGACCAAUUCUAAAUCAUGUGUACUUUCACGUGGUAAAGGCUGGUGGCUCUGCCACCCUGAUAGCUUCAUGCCACAACGUUCUAGAAGAAACAAGAAGAACGUGAAUUUUAUGGGGAAAGAAUUUUCAUAUUAUAAUUUGUCAAGGGAAAUCAUAUUUCAAAGUAACGAUUUGUUUAUUUGAAAAAGUAACUUUAAGUAUCUGAUUUCUUAAAUUGAAAAACGAAUACGUUAAGUUUCUCAUUACCACAAAAAAAAAAGUAAUUUGAUUAUUCUAACGCGUUACUCGUUACCCCCAACACUGCUAGAGAAGAUGGAGGGAAAACAUCUUCUAGCGACUCGAAACCAGCAAACGUCCUGAUUCAGAUUGAAAUGUGUUUUCAUUGGCCACUCCUUUGUGUGAGCAAAUGCUUGUGAUUAGAGGGCAUGGCCGUUGGUAGUGUUACUCUUCCUUACUUCAUGUUACAAGGCAGAUGAAGGAAGGAGGGAAGGAAGGAAGGAACGAAGGAAGGAAGGAGAUAAAAUAAAGGGGGAAAUAUAUGUAUCCUUUCUGUGUCUGUUUGUCACACAGAGAGUCCCAGACCAGGUCAGAAUAGAGCAAAGUCUCUCAACCAUUUUCUGAGACCCAAGUCAAAGGUCAAGGUCUCUCCCAGGUGAUGUCACUUCCUGAUAAUGACGCUGCAAUGGAAAGGCACAGCCAGAGGGGGAUGUACUGUAUAUCCCAGAAUCUGAGCAGUCCAUCACCUUGUAUGAUUUGUCUGAUUUUAAACCCCGGACUAGCAUUUCACACCCCCCUCUGUUCCCCUAGAUCUCCCUUCCUGACCCCUAAAACCACCCCAAGACCCCAGAAAUGCAAUUUUAACAUUCACUUCUACCAAUGUGCCUUUUAGAGUUCAUAUCAUUCAAAUGCGAUGAGGAGGAGACGGACGUUAUCUGAACUUUUUAGGAUUCAAGCUUAGGGAACUGUUAGUUAUUAGGUCUAUGCAGUCAGGUUUUUUCUGACCUGGGAAUUUAAAAAACAGUAAAAAGAAAAAAAAAGUAUUUUGGGAUAAACUGUAUUUAAUUGUACUGUAUGCUUAUAUGUAAUUAGAAGGCGUGUCCCUGAAUGGACCUUGUUUUAGUCAAUUGAGCCCCCUGGCGGCCCCAGCACCCCGAGUUUCAGCACCCCUUCCUCUAUUCCAAGUUGCAGCCUGUUUCCAUUGUGAACGACAUGUCUGUUUUUGAGCAUUGUAUUAUAGCUAUCAGCUUUUCAUCUAUAUCGGCUUGUCCGUGAGCCACUGUAGUCUUCAGUACCAGUGUGUGGUUGUAUGUGUAAAACAGAACCUUCUUCCUCUUUUUUAAAUCUUUCUCUUAUUCUUUGUCUGUUCUGGUUUCUGUGUCGAUGAAAAAAAUACUAAACCACGACUUGCUGCCCUAUGAAAAUUGGACAGCAGCUGUUUUUAAAAGUGGUUUAUGUUAUCCAAUCAACACAAGGCACUGAAACUGGAAAAUAAUCUAUUUGAAAAUCAAUAUAUAUAAAUGUAAAAAUAUAUACAAUAUAUAAAUAAGGAAGGUGCCAGUUUUCAAAGGAACGGUUGUUUUGGGUCAGAUUAAUUAUUUUCUUAGAGAUGGGUGGAAAGUUUGAAGAGGCAUCUCAGUGUUAAUGAGAUAUGAAGGUUUGAAGAGGCAUCUCAGUGUUAAUGAGGUAUGAAGGUUUGAAGAGGCAUCUCAGUGUUAAUGAGGUAUGAAGGUUUGAAGAGGCAUCUCAGUGUUAAUGAGGUAUGAAGGUUUGAAGAGGCAUCUCAAGUGUUAAAGAGACAUGACUUGUUCUGCUGUGCCCGUGACAUCACAAUGACUGACUAUGGCACCCCUGACUGGACAAAAGGGACAGGAGUUCCCCAUCAUCCUCCACUCAUUGCUAUUCAGCUGUCAAAGAAAACACACAGACAUUUGUAAAUUGUAUGCAACAGAUGCAAACGUACCAUUAUUUUGAAAUUGUGUAUGUAAAAGUUAUAUUUUUACAUGUAGACUGUUGUUAUUUUGUGUUUAGAUAAUACAUUGUAUCAGGUUUUUUUUUUGUUAAAAGAAAAAAAAAGUAAAAUUCGGUGUGUGUUGAAAACGUGUCACAUUGAAAUUGUAGUGAGGUCAAAAGCUUCAGUAUCAUUUUCAGGUUUUUUUCCCCCAAAAAGGUUUGUUUUAUAAUUCCGGGAUUUUUUUUUGAAGAAAGGGAUGGGGGGGAUUGGAAAUCAAAAAGGUAUAUAAUAUUAUUUUCAUGCUCCAUGCUCAUUGCCAUUUUUCAUUGUAUUUUUUAAGAAAAUGUGUAAGUAGUUAUAGCACACAGGGUUCAUGUCCCUUUGGUGGGGGUGGGGGGUGGGGGGGGUGACGAAUAGCUGAGAGUGGGAAAUGAUUGAGUUGAUUUGAUCAGUUGUAUUCUGCUUGUAAUGUGCCUGGUCAUUCUAGCCAGGUGCCAAUAUUAAUUAAAAAAUUAACGGCAAUUAACUGUACGUGUGUCAUGGUUUAGUAUUCAACUCACUCAUCUGUAUGCGCUGUCUCAGUGUUGCACCACGAUGACUCGUUGAUAGACAGCAGAACUCUCGUCUGCAGGGAAAUACUGUAUAUUCUAGCUGUAUUCAAGUGGUGCUAAGCAUGUAUGAGUCAGAGUCACAGUUUGGCCCCUUAGCUAGAAAUCGUACUUUGUCAGGUAAAUUAAACGUUUGAUUGUCCAAAAACCAAAACGAGCCCGUAGCAUCUACAAAUUAGACGUGAACAUAGAAUUGUAAAUUGCCGAUUUUUGCAAUCUAGCUAUUUCCCCAUAAAGUUAAAUUAGGCCGUUUCAGUCUAUUAUUUCCCAGUGUAUUUCCAGCUAAUUCCAGAUAUUUGAAUAGGACCAGUGUAUUUCCAGCUAAUUCCAGAUAUUUGAAUCGGACCUAGGAUAAAUACGUUUUAUUAGAUUGGAUCUUAUCGUUAUAAGCGCUAAUAUUUUUUUGAUCUUGUAAGAUGUAAUUGACGUAAAAAAAAUAUCAAUGAUUGCAGUAACUGUGUUGUUAUUAUCCCUAUUGUGUUUACAGAAAAAGGCAACACGUAUUUCGUUUUCUUUUCCUGGUUGUACGUACAUACGUAUCACGUACGUUUCAUGCGGUCUUCUUCUUCUUUUCAGUGAUUGAACCCAUGUGCUGUGUAUCAUUUACAGCGUUACUAUUCUGACCAUUCAUUGCCAUAAUAAUAUCAGUUACAUCAGCACUUGUCAUUUGUUCUCCUGGGUGAUAAUAUAUAGGAUAAAUAAUUAAAAAAUAAUUGUUGAAUGCAUCGGGAAAUGUCCUAAAAAAAAGCGAGAGUUUAAAUUCAAAAUCUUGCUCGUUAUGAAACGUGUUGCCCUUGAAUGAGAAUUAUUGAGCUACGAGAACAAAAGUAAAGGGCCAAUGUUUUUUUUCUAUUUUUUUCUAUUUAUUUUUGGCGACAAUUGUCUUUCAACAAAGAGAAUAGUAUAUAGUCACUCAACCCUCUGUAUUAGGGCGUUCCCUUAGGCAUUAUGUUCUUUAUUGUCUGUUUGAAUUCUACAGUCCCGAAGCAGACAUUGGUUAACUAUAGACUGAAAACAAGUCCCAGACAGACUGGAUAUGUACUCACAUGGCUGUGUGUGUGUGACUGAUUUAGCAGAAACACCUCCACAUUUUUUUGUAAAAUUGAAUGAAAAAAAAAAAAGAAAAAUAAUAAAGUCAA